GGAGUAGACAAGGAUAAUGAUCCUGGCAAAAGGCACGCGCAGCUACCGUGGUUGCGUGGAUUUUCUCUCUUUUACUUAGCAUUGACAGGGCGGCCCGCGGUAUCCUCCCAGUCCCUCGUCCACUGGGCAAGGUUUCUGGUUGCAUCUCCGAACAGACAAAAAAAAAAGAAAGAAAGAAAAAAAGAGCCUCCAGUUGCUUUCCGAGUCAUUUUUUCUUUUCUUCACGCCCCUCUGGCCCAUCACCGCGUCGCGCGCCUCGGGGAGGAAAAUAACCUCCACAAUAUAGCGGCCUCCAGAGGGAAAUAGAAAAAAAAAAAAAAAAAAGUCAAAUGAGGACGGGGUCGAUCUGGACGGCGACCUGCGCCGCCGCCCUGUUCCUGCUGCGGCCCGCACGAUGCCAGGACACGGGCGUACCGGGCGCACCCGACGCAGCCCACUACAGAUAUCGCAUCGGACACUCGGUUGCCGUCGCGGGCAGCAAUCUGUACAUUGAGGGCGGCGAGGUCGUGUCGGGGCAGGGGAACGAGACGGAGCAGUCUGUGAUAUCAAACAAAACCGCCAUCAUCCCCCUCGACAAGCAAUGGACCACCACAGACCCGGGAAUCCACGUCAUCGACAGCGGCGAGUUCGGGCUGCGAGUGACCGAGACGACACUAUGGCCCACGGAAGACGGCCAGACGCUGUUCAGCUGGGGCGGCAGCGUCGGCGAGGCGGCGCAGCUGACGCAGGACUCGCACCUCCGCGAACUGCGCAACCGGUGGUCCAACGACAGCGCCGUGCCCCGGAGCGGCGACGGCGAAAAGAUUGCGCGCACGAGGAGCGGCAGCUGGACCACCUGCAACGGCAUCGGCUUCCUCCUGGGCGGCGUCACGCCCCUGACCGCGGCCGAGCUCAGCCCGCCCGGCACCAUCAACUCCUUUACCCAGUUCGAGGCCCAGUUCGCCCCGGUCCCGGGGCUCGUCACCUUUGACAUGCGCACCAGGCGCUGGGACAACGUGUCGGCCGAGGCCUUCGGGCCCGGAGGCCCCAUCGUCGGCGGUACGCAUUUUGGCGGCGCCGCCGUGUGUCUGCCCACGUUUGGCACCGACGGCGGCGGGCUCGUUGUGUUUCUCGGCGGCAAGCAGGCCACCAAUCUGCGCGCCCCCGCCACCUUUUCGGAUAUGCUGUUCGAGGCCGUAUAUUUCUACGACAUUGUCACGAAAAAGUUCCAUUCGCAAUUCGCGACGCUGCACACCAAGGACGCCCUGCCCGCUCCGAGGACCGAGCUUUGUGCCGUCGCCACGAGCUCGUCUUCCAACUUGUCAUACGAGAUCGUCGUCUUUGGCGGGAGGAACGGGAACUCCACUUCCGACGUGCACAUCCUCACCGUACCCGGUUUCAGAUGGUUCAAGGUCCCCGAUGCCGAGGGCGGUAGGUACCAGCAUGGGUGUGCCGUCGUCGGCAAGGGAAGGCGACAGAUGCUCAGUGUCGGGGGGAUCGAGUCCUGGAAUAACAAAUUCGGCAGCGGCAUCUCGGAUCCGUGGAAGAGCGGGCUCAAGGUGUUUGACAUGACGACGCUCAAGUGGUCCGACACAUACGAUCCCGACGCCCCGCCCUAUGAGACGCCUGCCGAUGUCAAGUCUUGGUAUGAUGCUGGUGGACGCGCAUCCGUCAAAUGGGACAAGCCCGAUACCGAAGCUCUGUUUGCCUCAUCAACUUCUGGACAGCAACCAGUCGACUCCGGCCCACAAGGCGGGCCGCCCGCCCCAAUCGGCGUCAUGGUAGGCAGCAUUCUCGGCGGCAUAGCGGCCCUCGUGAUCGCGAUCGGCGUCUUCAUAUUCCUCCUCCGACGCUCCCGCCGAGCCAAACAAGACAAGGCGUCGUCCCAAGAGGCAAUGUCAAACCACAACACCGACCCAGACGACUCGAGCAACACGCUGGUGUCUCCAAUGUCGUCAGAGCUCCCGACUGUUGCUGGAGAGGGCGCCUGGAGUCCAACCUCGCCCUACGAGCUGGGAAAGGGUGGGAAAGUCCCUUUGGUGACCACCUUGCCUCCUUCGGCGCACGAGAUGCACGCCGCCGACGUUCCCAGGGAAUUGCCGAACAAUGAGAUAACUCCGCCCCACGAGAUGCCCGCAAAUCAUGCGAGGUCGCGUCCAAGACAAGAGGAAAAGACGCUGGGUGGUUUCAUCGCCCCAGACGCUAUCCAGGCGAGAAAACCCAGGGACCAAGCAGGGCCACCGUGGGUAGACAAGGGCUAUUUUUGAUUAAACUUGUUAAGAGAUUUUGAUCGCUUUACAUAUAGAGCUCGAACAAUUAAUGAACACAUUUUUUUGACAUCCUGACAGAUAAUGAUAAUGUUGCAGACAAGAAAAAAAAAGAU